AUGUCCACUGGAGGCAGGUUUGACUUUGAUGACGGGGGGUCGUACUGCGGGGGGUGGGAGCAGGGCAAGGCCCACGGCCGGGGGGUCUGCACGGGGCCACAGGGCCAGGGGGAGUACGCUGGGGCCUGGAGCCACGGCUUCGAGGUCCUUGGAGUCUACACCUGGCCCAGCGGGAACAGCUACCAGGGCACCUGGGCACAGGGGAAGCGCCACGGUGUGGGCGUGGAGAGUAAGGGCCGCUGGGACUACAGGGGGGAGUGGACGCAGGGCUUCAAGGGACGCUACGGCCAGCUGGAGAGCACGGUUAGCGGGGCCCGUUACGAGGGGACCUGGAGCAACGGCCUGCAGGAUGGAUACGGGACUGAGACGUACUCCGAUGGAGGUAAGGAAGGAAGGGACACACCAGGCCUCCAAGCUGAGCAGCAUCUGACCCCCUAUAAAUGACCCCCUAUUCUCUAAAUAGUGUACUUAUUUAGAUCAGAGCAGCCCUGAGCAACAUCUUCAUCAACUAAUCACUCUUACUAUGCAGUGCACUUGUAUUCAUUCUAUUUUGGUUUUAAGACACUAAAAGGGUCACUCUUCCCUCUCCUUCUCCUGUACCGCUCAUCCUCCUUUCAACCCUCAUCCUUUACUAAAAUCCAUUCAUUCUCGCCAUCUCUCUUCAUACAGUAUCUCCACCUGCCUCCCCUUGUAUCUGAAAGGGGUUAUCCAUAUCUGAGACCUAUUUCAGCUGGGAUUGAUAAGGCAAUACAGGUCACCUCCCCAGUCAGCAGUAAUAGGUCUGAAACAUGCAGUGAAUCAGAGAGGGGCCCCUGCAGACUGGCACUAGAUCCUAAAGCACAUUUAGGACUACGUCUGGAUCUGGGCGAGGCCCUGCGUGUGCGUUCACGCUUUACAGAGAAAGAGGAUGUAGGGCUAUAUUGCUAUUUCCAGUUCCGGUAAUAAAGUGGGGUGAAAGCAUGACACUUACUGUGGGCUACCGGUAUAGUACAUGUUACCACGCAAAGACAAACACUGAUGCUGCCAGUAAUGGCAGGUAACUGAAAUGCAUCAGCGUUUAUACAUGCCGCCAUCUAAUUUGAGGCCUGUUGAAUCUUUAUAUCCUCUCAGAUUCCAUCUGUAUUCCCACUCUCCUCUAUUCCCCCUCCUCUAUUCCUCUAUUCCCCUCUCCUCUAUUCCCCCUCCUCUAUACCCCUCUCUCUAUCCCCCUCCUUUAUUCCUCUAUCCCCCUCCUCUAUUCCCCCUCCUCUAUUCCUCUAUUCCCCCUCCUCUAUUCCCUCUCCUCUAUUCCCCCUCCUCUAUUCCCCCUCCUCUAUUCCUCUAUUCCCCCUCCUCUAUUCCCCCGUCCUCUAUUCCCCCUCCACUAUUCCUCUUUUCCCCCCUCUCCUCUACCCCCUCCUCUAUUCCUCUAUUCCCCUCUCCUCUAUUCCCCCUUUCCCUUCCCCCCGCUCCCGUUUAAAAUUUUUUCGACACCUUGUAGGGUUUCCCCGCCUCACGAAUUUAGGCUUUUUGAGGGCAAAAAGGGGGGGGAAUCAAAAAUUUUUAAAAUGGGAAUGUUUUGUACACUCAGUUGGUUUUUUCCCCCUGCCAAUAUACCCUUUGAGUUGAAUUGAGAGAGCCCGAGACAGAGAAAAAUAGAGGGGGAGAGAGAGAAGAGAAGAGGAGAGAGAGAGAGAAGGGGAGAGACAGAGAGAAAAGAGAGAGUGAGAGGGGAGAUUUAUUAGAUUGCUAGGGAUUUGGGGGGAAAACGGGGUAUUCCCCCCGGGGCCCGCAGUGAACCAAACCCCACACUGCUCUUUCCCCCGUCCCAGGGGUUUUAUUCUUUAAGAAGGCCACAGAAGGGGGGAGGGAGGGGGGGAGGGAGAAGGGAGCGUGUGGGGGAGGGUAAUUUGGGGGGGUUGGGAAAAGUUUCCUUUAGUAAAAGAGCCGAUUUUAAGAGAGAGAGAGAGAAGAGAGAGCGAAAACGCCGAGAAACCCCAAAAAAAUUUGGGGGGUUGGGGAAAAUGGGUAUAUUUAACGAUCCAGAGAUAGGUUGAGCGCUAAAAUACAGAAGAUAAAGCGGAAAGGGGGAAAAAAAUAAAAUUUUAUAAUUUUUUUUUUGUUGUUUGCAUCACCCCCCCCCGCAUGUUGUUCCGGGGAGACGCAGCCCAUUUUUAAAGCGCAAGGGGGCAAGUGGGGGAGGAGGAGGAGGAGGGGGGAGGAGGAGGAGGGGGGGAGAGGAGGAAGGGAAAACAACAGGGGAAAAACUCCGUCAGUUUGGUCGUCCCGGGGUGGGGUGUGUGUGUUCAGGGUGUGUGUGUGUGUUUAGGGGUGUGUGUGUUUGGAUGUUUUUCCCGCCCAUGCUUAUAGCCCAUGCCCAUCUCUUUUCCCCUCCCUCCUGUUUUUUUUGGGGCUUUUGGUGCCUGGAUCCCCUCCCCCCGUCUCUUCCCCUCUCCGUUUUCUGUGUGCCGGUUGGGAGCCCCCGCUGAGGCUGGUGGUGUAAUGUCUGAUUGACCGCUUUGUCGCGCUCCGUGAGGCCUUUGGGACUAUUAGAAAAGCCGGGCCUAGCCCGUCUGGACGGCCCCCCCCCGCCAAACGAAAAAGGUGAUUUGGGUUUGUUUCCCCUCCCCGCUGGCGAGGUGUGUGGAGGAGGGUGGAGGAAAGGGGGCAUUCCCGCACGCCCCUGGGAACAGAAUGCCCCGGGCCCGGGAAAAAAACAUCUAGAUUUCCCUUUAAAGUCACGCCAGACCCAGUUUCCCCCAAACCCGCCACCCCCUGGGCAAACCAAAGAGACCCCCCCCUCUCUCCCCCUUCCCAUUCCCCUCUCUCCAUCCCCGGUGAUGCUUUCUGGGGCCAAAACCCUGCUUGUCAAAAACUGGGAACCGUUUUGAUGGGCUUUUCAAAAAAACCCCCAAAAACAAAAAAAAAAGGGGAAAUUUUCUUGAAAAUUUUAAACCUCCAUGAUUUAAACCCCCCACCUGCCUCCCCCCCCUGGAAACGCUCUGUGUACCCCCUCUUCUCUCUUCUUUGGACGUUUUGAAGGGGUUUUUCCUAAACCUGUUUUAUGCAUGUCCACUUGGAAAGGGAGGGUUUUACUUUGAUGACGGGGGGUGUACUCGGGGGGUGGGAGCAAAGGGCCCAAAGGGCCCCGGCCGGGGGGUUUUGCACGGGGCCCCAGGGCCCGGGGGAGUUAAACUGGGGCCUGGACCCCGGGGUUCGCGGUCCUUGGAGUCUACACCUGGCCAGCGGGAAACAGCUAACCCGGGGACCCACAGGGGAAGCGCCCGGUGUUGCGUGGAAAAGAAGGGCCGCCCGGGGCUUUUCAGGGGGGAGUGGAGGGAGGGCCCUUUAAGGGGACCCUACGGCCCCGGGGAGAGCAGGUUAGCGGGGCCCGUUUUCAGGGACAAAGGGGGCAAAGGCCUGAGGUGGGGUACGGGGGCUGAGACGUCUCCAUGG